AUUCCCUGGGUGGUAACAGCCACACUCUGAUGAUUGCCUGUGUGAGCCCAGCAGACUCCAACCUGGAGGAGACCCUGAACACCCUGCGCUACGCCGACAGGGCCAGGAAGAUCAAAAACAAACCCAUUGUCAACCUGGACCCUCAGGCAGCUGAGCUGCACCAGCUGAAGCAGCAGGUGCAACAGCUACAGGUGUUACUGCUGCAGGCCCAUGGAGGGACACUCCCAGUGUCUAUCAAUGGUAUGGAACCUUCAGAGAAUCUCCAGUCCCUGAUGGAGAAGAACCAGUCACUAAUGGAGGAGAAUCAAAAGCUGAGCAGGGGGCUGAGUGAGGCUGCUGGCCAGACAGCACAGAUGUUGGAAAGGAUCAUUCUGACAGAACAAGAGAAUGAGAAGAUGAAUGCCAAACUAGAGCAGCUUCAGCACCAUGCUGUAUGCAAGCUUGACCUGCAGAAGCUGGUGGAGACUGUGGAAGAUGAGGAGCUCAAAGAGAAUGUAGAGGUGAUAAGAAAUCUGCAGCAAGUGUUGGCUCAGCUGCAGAGUGAAAAUGCUGCUCCAAUGGAAGCUGCUGCAGAGGUGGCAAACUCUGAACAGGAUGCUGCAGCUGAAGCAGAAAUGGGCCAGGACACCAAGAGAUCCUCAGAGGACUUCAGCACCCAACAUGCCCUCCGUCAAGCCCAGAUGUCCAAAGAGCUGCUUGAACUAAACAAAGUCCUGGCUUUGAAAGAGGCACUUGCCAAAAAAAUGACUCAGAAUGACAGUCAGCUGGAGCCCAUUCAAUCCCAGUACCAGACUAAUAUCCAGGACCUGGAACUGGAGGUCAGCAGUCUGCAGAAAGAAAAGGAGGAGCUGAUCCUUGCUCUGCAUAUGGCAAAGAAGGAUGUCAACCAAGCCAAACUGAGUGAACGACGAAGGAAGAGGCUGCAGGAGCUGGAGGGGCAGAUUAAUGAGCUGAAGAAGAAGCUGAAUGAGCAAUCCAAGCUCCUGAAGCUGAAGGAAUCCACAGAGAGAACUGUCACCAAGCUGAACCAGGAGAUCAGGGAAAUGAAAUCCCAAAGGGUCCAGCUGAUGCGCCAGAUGAAAGAUGAUGCUGAGAAAUUCAGGCAGUGGAAACAACAGAAGGACAAGGAAGUCAUCCAGCUGAAAGAAAGGGAUCGUAAGAGACAGUAUGAGCUCCUCAAGCUGGAAAGAGACUUCCAGAAGCAGGCCAACGUCCUCAGACGCAAGACAGAAGAGGCACCCGCCGCCAACAAGCGCCUGAAGGACGCCCUGCAGAAGCAACGGGAGGUGGCUGACAAACGGAAGGAAAGCCAGAGCAGGGGCAUGGAGGGAGUUGCUGCUCGGGUCAAGAGCUGGCUGGCAAAUGAAGUAGAGGUUCUGGUUAGUACUGAAGAGGCUCGACGGCACCUUGCAGACCUUCUGGAGGACAGGAAGAUCUUGGCACAGGAGCUCCUUCAGCUUAAAGAGAAGAAAGAAGCUGGGGAAAACCCACCUCCAAAGCUCCGGAGACGUACCUACUCCCUGGCAGACUUGCAGGCAUCAGAGAUGGACCUGUCCAUAUCCAAGCAGAUCGAGAGCCUGGAGACUGAGAUGGAGCUCAGGAGUGCCCAGAUAGCUGAUCUGCAGCAGAAACUUCUGGAUGCAGACAAUGGGGAUCGUGCCAAGCAACGCUGGGACAACAUUGCAACCAUUCUGGAGGCCAAAUGUGCUCUCAAGUAUCUCCUUGGAGAGCUGGUCUCCUCCAAAGUGCAGGAGAGCAAGUUGGAGAGCAGCCUCCAGCAGAGUAAAGCCAGCUGUUCAGAUGUACACAAGAUGCUGAUGGAAGAGAGAAACCACAUCACAGAGCUGGAGGCUGACUUCCAAAAUCAGCUUUUGGUGCAGGAACAGCACCACCAGGAGAAGGUUCUGUACCUGCUUAGCCAAUUUCAGCAAAAAGAAGCAGCAGAGAAGAAACUGGAGGAUUCACUAAGUGAGCAGGAGAAGCAGCUGCAAGAGAGACUCAGGUUCCAGGAGGAAGAGCUGGAGAAAAUGAGGGAGGUGUGUGAGAAGAACCAGGAGCUUCUCCAUGAAAAUGACACCCUUAAACAGAAACUGAUGCUGCUCCAAGUUGCCAGUGGACAGAAGCUCCACAACAUGCAGCAAAUCCCAUCAGAGUCCCCAGAUUCUUCUUUGGAUUACAUUCCACCCAAAUCCAAGGCUCGGAGGCAAACGGGAAGACCCCAGGCCCUGAACCCUGUGAUGCCUGUGGAGGAGCUGUUCUCUGACUCAGAGUCUGGAGGGGAGCUGGAGGAUACAGAGUGGGUGCCAGUAAAAGCAGUCAAAGGAGCCAGGAAAACCAUCCUGGGGUGCUCGUGCAGGGGCUGGUGUGGCAACAGGCAGUGUGGCUGCAGGAGGCAGAGGCUGAGCUGCGCCGGCGCCUGCGGCUGCGACCCGGCCAAGUGCAGGAACAGAGACCCCGGGGCUCCUGACACCACCCUGUGUGAGGACCAAACAAGGGACUCUGAAGGUUCCUUCAAACUGGAAGACCCCACAGAAGUGACCAUAGGAGAGACCUUCUUCCAGCCCGUGUGCAUCACACCCACCACAAAGGUUCUGAAAGAGCUGACAGAUCAAGAGGUGUUCCUGAAGAAGCCCAGUGCUGCUGCUGCCCUGCUGAGGGGGGAUGAGGAGUCCCAGGAGAACCAGGUGCCAGCUGUGAGGAAGAAGAAGAGGCUGCUGAGCAGCAACACCAGCUUCUUCUCAGGCUGCACCCCCAUCAAAGAGGAGCUGGACUGA